UUCUAGAAGCAGUACGCACUUGCUUCUGACACUUCUGUGAUCAUCAGCAACCUCCCAGCCUUGCCAUCAUGGUGAACUUUACUGCUGAGGAAAAGACCCUCAUCAAUGGCCUAUGGAGUAAGGUGAACGUUGAAGAGGUUGGUGGUGAAGCCUUGGGAAGGCUUCUUGUUGUGUACCCAUGGACCCAGAGAUUCUUUGACAGCUUUGGGAACUUGUCCUCUGCUUCUGCCAUAAUGGGCAAUCCAAGGGUCAAAGCCCAUGGCAAGAAGGUGCUGACUGCUUUUGGAGAAGCCAUUAAGAACCUAGACAACCUCAAGUCUGCCUUGGCCAAGCUCAGUGAACUGCACUGUGACAAGCUACAUGUGGAUCCUGAGAACUUCAAACUCUUGGGUAAUGUGCUGGUGAUUGUUUUGGCUAGUCAUUUUGGCAAGGAAUUCACAGCUGAGGUGCAGGCUGCCUGGCAGAAGCUGGUGGCUGGGGUGGCCACUGCGCUGUCCCACAAGUACCACUGAGCCCCCCUUUCUACCUGUCCAGCAAUCCUGUGUGUCCCCUAUGCCUUCCUUCUACACAUGAGUACUGGACCUUGAAAGCACAUGUUUAAUAAAGAUCAUUCUUCCUGGUAAUCAAAAAA